CAGGAUUUCCCAUUCCCAAACCUUGGCCGGAUAGAGGGGGAGGCGACCGCGAGGAAGAGGAAAAUGUCCCGGGGCACUCGGGCAGGCGGAGGAUGGAGCUGAGGAUGGAGACCAGGGAGGACAAAUCCCCACAGCAGAACCUCAUGGAAGAGGCUGUUUUGAGCAGCUCCACGUCGCAGGAAUCCAAAAGGGAGGAAAAGCACCAGAGAUCCUUUAUGAGGAGGGGCUGCAAACUCAGCCCCAGGAUCUGUGAGGAGGAAAGACCCACCCUGGGCCAGAAAUGCAGCUGGAGAUAGGCCAGAGCUCAGAGCUGGGUGUCCAUGAGCAGCUUCAUGGCAGGGAGAAGCCCCACAAGUGCUUGGAAUGUGUGAAGAGCUUCAACCUGAGCUCAACUCUGAUUUACCACCAGAGAAUCCACACUGGGCAAAGACCUUACAAGUGUGGAGAGUGUGGAAAGAGCUUCAGGAUGAGCCGGUGAUCUGUGGUCCUGGUGAUCCGUGUUGGGAAGAUCCCUGGCUGGGGGGCUCCACAUCCUCCUGGGCUCCCCAUGGGUACCUGGACACAUCCACAGACCAUCAGAAAUCCAUUGUGGAGAGCAGAUUUGUCAACUUUCAUACCCAGAAAAAUCUCACCUUUUGCAUCUUCUGGUGGCAUCAAGCAACACUGGAUGGCCUUGGAGGUCUUUUCCAACAUAAAUCCAUUGUUUUAAUUCCCUCUGGCCCACAGGCAUUUUCCACAGCCAGAUGGGGAUGUACUGGGGCAAAACUCACAAUUUUGGAGACAGUGGGAUGGAAACCCCUCCUAAAAAGUUUCUUCCACCCAUGGUGUCCCCGUGUCCCUCAAGGUGUCCUCGUGUCCUGCAGGAUGUUUCUGUGGCUACUCCUGGCACUGAGUGUCUGCGCCCACCCUGGCAGAGGCGUGUCCCCAGCUGUGUCCCCAAUUGUCCCCCCACGCCACAUGGACUCGGUCCUCGACAUCCUGGAUGCCCUCGAGUCCCCGGCCAGGGGCGGCUCCCCCGGCACCACCGCGGCCUUAGGGAGGGGGCUGGGGGUCUGCAGCACCCCGGGGUGCCGGGCGGUGCUGGGCGAGCCCCUCGGGAACCCCGAACGCCCCCCGGCUCUCACCCUGGGCCAGUGGCAGCUCCUGACCGAGCUCCUCCACCACGACCCGGCGACACCGGAGCUGGGGGCGGUGCUGACCCCGGACGGCUCCACGGUGGCCCUCGGUCCCCUCCUGGCCGGCAUCGAGGCGGGGCUGAGAUCUGGCGGGUUUGGGCGACCCCUCCCCACCCUCGACCCGCCCGCCGACCCCCUCUUGGCUGUCACCAUCGCCGAGGCUUUGGGGACAUCCUUCCUGCUAGCGCAGGGGGGUGACAACAACGCCACUGCACUGGGACCCGGUGGCUGCUGGGACGACGUGGAGAACCCCCAAAAUUACACCUUGAGGGGUCCCCCGUCCCCUGUCCCCGACCCUGUGGCCAUUGGGGCCAUGGAUGGGACGGUCCUGGGGGCGCGGCUGGCCCAGGGACCCCUCCCGGUGGCCGAACUGCUUCGGGGCUACUACGGGACUGGGAAUGGCUCAGAGGCGGGGAGACCCCCCAGCAGUUACCGGCGCCGGGAUUUUGGGGCACUGGCGGGACAGGGACGACUGGAGAAGGAGGUGGCGGCGGUUUUGGGGCUUCUGAGGACGCUGUCACCCACCUCGGAGCUCCUGAGGGACAUGGGGACACAGGAGGUGGCGGCCGUGGCUCGUAGGGCGGCGCGAGAGUUCAGCGAGCGCUACGUGGAGUGCCCAGCCAUUGUGCCACGCUGCCUGUGGGGUGCCGAUCCCUACCGGGGCACCCCGGCCCUGCUGCAGCCCCCACUGAGCUCGGUGUUCCUGCACCACACCCUGGAGCCAUCACAGCCCUGCCGAACCUUUGGUGCCUGCGCCCACGCCAUGAGGAACAUGCAGCGCUUCCACCAGGACACCCGCGGCUGGGAUGACAUCGGCUACAGUGAGGAGCAGCUCUGGCCGGGCUGGAUGGAGGCAGGAGAGGUUGGACAGUGGUCCAGAUGGACACCAGCCCAGUCUGGAUGGACACUGGUCCAGCAGAUGUUGGUCUGAUGCAUUGAGCUGGACAUUGGUCCAGAUGAACACCAGACCCACGGAUCCCGGCUGGACUCUGGUCUGCAGCCCCUCAGCCUGGACAGUCCCCAGCCCAGAUGACCACCAGCCCAGCCACACCCUGGCCCACCCCACUGACCCACCAGCAUACAGUAGGCCCAACCCCAAAACCCCCCAAAAUAAAUCCAGUUAUAGAACAUCA